AUGGCGACAAAGAAUAUCUCCUUGAUUUCGGUCAUUGGCCUUUGUUGGCUGGCCAUCUGCGUGGAAGCAGUGCCACUAAGUCAACAACAGCAGCAACAUGCCCAGCUGCAAUUGCAAAUGCAACAACAGCAUCAACAAUCGCCACAUCACAACAAUUACAAACAACAACUACAAUAUCAAAUGCAACAAAAGGAUAAAUUCGAGUAUCAACAGCAUAUGAAACAGCAACAACAAUACUAUCAACAACACUACCAGCAGCAGCAACAACAACAUUUGGAUAAGCAACAGUCGCCGCUGCAGCAACAGCAGUUUCAUGAAAUACCUUCGCCAACGGCAAUGGAUUUAUUAGCCGAUCAACAGCAGCAGCAACAACAACGGCAACAGUUAGAACAUGAACUCCAACAAUCACAACAACAACACCAGUCGUAUUUAGUCGUUCAACCAACACAG